AUGGAGAUUCUAUAUGUGAAAUCGGAUCCUACGGGAAAGAGUGUGAGAAAGUGUGCAAUUGCUUUGACGACGAGACCUGCUUUGUGGGCACUGGUGGAUGCGCUUCGGGGUGUGCAGUUGGCUACUGGGGCGAAGAUUGUAGCAAAAUUUGUGACCCAGGGAAGUACGGACGCGACUGUCAGGAGACAUGCAGCCAGUUCUGUUUCAAUGACAGCAAAGUGGAACGACUCUGUGAUCACGUGUCCGGCGAAUGUCUACAUGGCUGUCAGUUGGGUUACCAGCCUCCAACAUGUGCAUCAGUGUGCAACCCAGGAAAGUACGGCGCAGACUGCGAGCAAGCCUGUAACAAACAGUGCGAGAAGCCCAACACAUUCCCAAAAAGAGAAUGUAGUGCUAUUAAUGGGACAUGUCUUUAUGGUUGUGCCAGCGGCUACCAUGGAGCUUCAUGCACAUUGUCGUGCAACCGAAAUACAUACGGUAAAAACUGCCAAAAGUCCUGCAGUAGAGGGUGCCUCCCUUCGAAUACCUCCAGAUAUAUCUCGUGCAACCACCAGACUGGUGAGUGCCUAA